AUGCCCAACGGAAGCCUGGAUAAACAUCUAUAUAGCAGUAGGGAGGAUCAGCCUACUCUGAAUUGGACUUUGAGGUUUCAUACCAUCAAGGAUGUCGCGUCCGGCUUGCUUUAUCUGCAUGAGAGGUGGGAGAAAGUCGUCAUCCACAGAGACAUCAAGGCCAGCAACGUGCUCCUCGACAAAGACAUGAAUGCCCAGCUUGGUGACUUUGGGCUAGCAAGGUUGUACGACCAUGGGGCAGACUCACAAACCACGCACGUAGUCGGCACCAUGGGUUACUUGGCUCCGGAGCUGAUACGCACGGGAAGGGCGUCCCCUCUGACCAACAUGUUCGGCUUUGGCAUAUUUCUUCUUGAGGUUGCAUGCGGACAUAAACCCAUCAAGGAGAAUGCGCAAGGCGGACAGAUAGCGCUCGUCGACUGGGUGCUGAAGCAUUGGCGUGAUGGUACGCUCAUGGAGACGAUGGACGCGAGGCUCCACCGCGAGUUCGACAUCGACCGGGCGGGGUUGGUGCUCACCCUAGGGCUCAUGUGCUCACACCCUCUCGCUAGCGCGAGGCCUGGCAUUGUACAAGUCAUGCGCUAUCUCACCGGUGUUACGCCCCUCCCUGAGCUCUCACCAACAGACGUGUUCGCCUUGAUGCAAAACCAAGGGUUUGACGCAUCCGCCAUGUCGUAUCCUGAUUUGACGUCAAGCUUUGGCACAAUUUCUAGCCUCUCAGGAGGAAGAUAA